CAUCUAUUUAGAACUUGUUGUCAUCUCUAAAACUCCAUUAGAAAUCGAGAAUUUUUUAAAAAUCCAAACAGUAGAAAGAACAAAAAAAACUACGAGAAUUUGACUGGUUUACUCUAAAUAAAUAAAUGGUCUUUCUUUCCCUUCUCAAAAAUUAGGUGAUCGUUGUAAUUUGACUAGUAAUCUACUAAUACUAAGGACAUCUCAACAGAAGGAGCCGACACAGAGAGCAGAAGUGGUUCCAUUCCUGCCUGCUAGUGGGCACCCAAGUUUUGGCGCUAAAUUAAACUCCAAAAUUCCAAGUUCAACCACUAAACAAUCAAUUACCGCCAAGAUCAUCCGAAACUCAAAACUAAGAAGAAACCCCAAAGCGACUUUAUGUAAUCUUUAAGGGAAAAAAUCAACAGCAGAAAUGGGAAUUCUGCAAGGGAUUUUACUUGAAAGAUCCUUGCUUCACAACACCCUCUUACUCACCCACCAAAACAGACCAACAACGACAUGUCUGCAGACUGCAGCAGCAGCAGCAUUGUCAUGGUUCCGUUGAUUCCCUCCUUUAUAAGGUUUGAGGUGGAGAGCAACCCAUUCAGAGCAAAGCAAAGGAAAGCAUCAAAGUGAAAAAGAACCAGAGCUAGGAUCCACUUACCAAAUCAAUAGAGAAGCAGACAGCCACCCCAAUGGCCUGUUCCUUUCUUCGUUUCCUUUUCGUUCUGGUCUGCUUCGUUCCUGCUUUCGUAGACUGUGCUGUUCGGCACUACAAUUUCAAUGUUGUAAUGAAAAACACUACAAGGCUAUGUUCGAGCAAGCCGAUUGUUACAGUGAAUGGCAGAUUCCCGGGGCAAACCCUGUACGCUAGGGAAGAUGAUACGGUGCUAGUCAGAGUCGUCAACCAUGUCAAAUACAAUGUUUCCAUUCACUGGCAUGGGAUCAGGCAGCUGAGGACUGGUUGGGCUGAUGGACCAGCAUACAUCACACAAUGCCCUAUCCAGCCAGGGCAGAGCUACCUGUAUAACUUCACUGUCACGGGGCAGAGAGGAACACUUCUUUGGCACGCACACAUCCUCUGGUUAAGGGCUACCGUCCAUGGUGGCAUUGUCAUUUUGCCGAAACGGGGCGUUCCUUAUCCAUUCCCAGCUCCCCACAAAGAAGUGGUUGUGGUAUUAGGGGAAUGGUGGAAAUCAGACACAGAAGCUGUGAUCAACGAAGCCACGAAAUCAGGAUUGGCACCAAAUGUCUCUGAUGCCCACACCAUCAAUGGCCAUCCUGGACCUAUUUCCAACUGCGCCUCGCAAGGAGGGUUCACAUUGCCAGUCCAGGCAGGGAAAACAUACAUGCUAAGGCUAAUCAACGCUGCACUCAACGAAGAGCUCUUCUUCAAAAUUGCAGGCCACAAACUUACAGUAGUUGAGGUUGAUGCCACCUAUGUCAAACCAUUCAAAACCGACACGGUCCUAAUCGCUCCAGGACAAACCACAAACGUCCUGGUCGCAGCAGACCAAAGCUCAGGGAAAUACCUGGUAGCCGCCUCGCCGUUCAAUGACGCUCCAAUCGCCGUCGACAAUAAGACCGCCACGGCCACAGUCAGCUACGCCGGCACCCUCUCCACUACCCAAACGACUCUGACGAUCCCACCUCCGAAGAACGCCACCGCAGUGGCCAACGCCUUCACAAACGCUCUCCGAAGCCUCAACUCCAAGAAAUUCCCCGCCGCCGUCCCGAAAACCGUCGACCACAACCUCUUCUUCACGGUCGGGUUGGGAAUCAACCCGUGCCCGAGUUGCAAAGCCGGGAACGGCAGCAGAGUGGUCGCAAGUAUCAACAACGUUACGUUUGUGAUGCCCACCACAGCUCUCCUUCAGGCGCAUUUCUUCAAACAGAAGGGCGUCUUCACCACCGAUUUCCCGGCCAACCCGCCCCACGUCUUCAACUACACGGGAACCCCACCGACGAAUCUGGCGACCACGAGAGGGACGAAGGUCUUCAGACUGGCUUACAAUUCGACGGUUCAGCUGGUGAUGCAGGACACCGGGAUCAUCUCGCCGGAGAACCACCCGAUCCAUCUCCACGGAUUCAAUUUCUUCGCGGUGGGGAGGGGAAUCGGGAAUUACAACCCUAAAUCGGACCCGAAGAAGUUCAAUCUGGUCGACCCGGUUGAGAGGAACACCAUCGGAGUCCCUUCGGGCGGGUGGGUCGCCAUUCGGUUCCGGGCUGAUAACCCGGGAGUUUGGUUUAUGCAUUGCCAUCUGGAAAUCCACACGACUUGGGGAUUGAAGAUGGCGUUCUUGGUGGACAAUGGGAAAGGCGCCAAUCAGUCACUUUUGCCGCCGCCUGGCGAUCUUCCCAAAUGCUGAAGAAGCUGAACGGUGGGGUGACUGAAGAGUUCGAUCGAGUCAAAUUGAACAACAACAAAAAUUGCAUGAGUCGAGUGUCUCGGGACUCGGGUUGCACUAAAAAUUGGAGUUGCCUACUUUUUUUUUUCAAAAGAUAUCAUAUUUUGAUCGAAAUAGAAGAUAGUUACACUCUGAAAACCAACUUAUUGUGUUGGUAUUAAUAGAAUUUGUUUCUAGCUUAUGAAUGAUCGGAACGGAUUAGUAUUUGCUCUUACAAAUUACAGUAGCUACAACCUAAGCCUUUCGAUACCCAUAUUCGGUGGAAAUUGAGACGGUUCGGUUGCCAUUUGACGCCAAAAAAUUCCAAAUAAAAUUUUGAAAUUAAAUAGCAAAGGCUAUAAAGCACGAGAAUUGAAAUAACGGUUAUAAACGGUUUUAAAACGGCUAGAAAAAAAAUUAUAUAAAAUCCUCAUCCAGCUCCUCAUUUCAUACACCAUCUCAUAUCGCAUUCUCUGUACUUUCUCCAAACACCUAAGUCUCCACAAAAAAUUUUCUCAUCUUCUACUAUUUCGUCAUUAGCUAAAGAGGUGUCAAUUGGUCUGAAGAUGAAGACAUAGCCUUAUGUCAAGCUUGGUGCAAAAUAACAUGCUACGGAGACGUAGGCAAUGAUCAACAAUAUAAAAGGUUUUGGAAAGCGAAUCGAUGAUGCGUUCAAAGAUUAAGUGAUAAGUCUCUAAGGGGUAUUUCUAAAAAAAUAUGUGAACCAUUAUUUGAGGUGAUUAACUAAUUAUUUUAACUAUAAAAAAGUAUUUCGAAGUUGCUCAAAUUUUAUCGGAAUGUUCGUAUCUAAUUAUGAUUUGGGCUUAAUUAUACAUGUUUUAUCCUUCAUAUCUUGAUUGUUUGGCUUGGUCCUAGACCUAUUUCACGUUAGGUUGUGUUACUUUUGUCACAUUUCAAGUCUUAGUAUGAGGGAAAAUUUAGGAGCAGGUUUCAGGGCAUUUGGAGGCCAAGACGAGUCAAACAUUGAAAUUUGUGCAAAGUUCACGAGGUUAGUGUAAUUUUCACGGUUUCAGGGGGGUGAAAAUUGCAACAAAACCGUGAAGAUUACUCAGUUCCAGCAGCAAGGAGGAAUCUCACGAUCUUGUGCAAAGUUCACUGUCUGGAUUUGAAAUUUACACUAAAAUUGUGAAUUUUGC